AUGGUUAGAACCCUGCCGAGGAGCCCAGCCCAGCCCAGCCGAGGAGCCUUGCUCAGCCCAGCCGAGGAGCCCAGCCCAGCCCUGACGAGAAGCCUAGCCCAGCCCAGCCGAGGAGCCCAGCCCAGCCCUGCCGAGAAGCCCAGCCCAGUCCUGCCGAGGAGCCCAGCCCAGACCAGCCGUGGAGCCCAGCCCAGUCCAACCGAGGAACCCAGCCCAGCCCAGUCCUGCCGAGGAGCCCAGCCCAGCCCUGCCGAGGAACCCAGCCCAGCCCAGUCCAGCCGAGGAGCUCAGCCCAGCCCUGCCGAGAAACCCAGCCCAGCCGAGGAGCCCAGCCCUGCCCUGCCGAGGAGCCCAGCCCACCGAGGAGCCCAGCCGAAGAGCCCAGCCGAGGAGCAGCCCAGCCGAGGAGCCCAGCCCAGCCCAGCCGAGGAGCCCAGCCGAGGAGCCCAGCCCAGCCCAGCCGAGGAGCCUUGCCCAGCCCAGCUGAGGAGCCCAGCCCAGCCCAGCCCUGCCGAGAAGCCCAGCCCAGUCCAGCCGAGGAGCCCAGCCGAAGAGCCCAGCCGAGGAGCAGCCCAGCCGAGGAGCCCAGCCGAGGAGCCCAGCCCAGCCGAGGAGCCCAGCCGAGGAGCCCAGCCCAGUCCAGCCGAGGAGCCCAGCCGAGGAGCCCAGCCCAGCCCUGCCGAGGAGCCCAGCCCAGCCCAGCUAGUUGCUGCCCUGAGAGGGGCCCGGCUCAGCCCUGCAGGUCCCCAGCCCAGCACAGCCCUGCAGGUCCCCAGCCCGGCUCAGCCUGCAGGUCCCCAGCCCGGCUCAGCCCUGCAGGUCCCCAGCCCUACUCAGCCAAGUAGCUCCCCAGCCCUGCUCAGCCCCGUAGCUCUCCAGCCCUGCUCAGCCCUGCAGGUCCCCAGCCCGGCUCAGCCCUGCAGGUCCCCAGCCCUGCAGCUCCCCAGCCCUGCUCAGCCCUGCAGCUCCCCAGCCCUGCAGCUCCCCAGUCCUGCUCAGCCCUGCAGCUCCCCAGCCCUGCUCAGCCCUGCAGCUGCCCAGCCCUGCUCAACCCUGCAGCUCCCCAGCCCUGCUCAGCCCUGCAGCUCCCCAGCCCUGCUCAGCCCUGCAGCUCCCCAGCCCUGCUCAGCCCUGCAGCUCCCCAGCCCUGCUCAGCCCUGCAGCUCCCCAGCCCUGCUCCGCCCUGCAGCUCCCCAGCCCUGCAGCUCCCCAGCCCUGCAGCUCCCCAGCCCUGCUCAGCCCAGCAGCUCCCAGGCCUGCUCAGCCCCGCAUCUCCCCAGCCCUGCUCAGCCCCGCAGCUCCCCAGCCCUGCUCAGCCCUGCAGCUCCCCAGCCCUGCUCAGCCCUGCAGCUCCCCAGCCCUGCUCAGCCCUGCAGCACCCCAGCCCUGCUGUUCCCCAGCCCUGCUCAGCCCUGCAGCUCCCCAGCCCUGCUCAGCCCUGCAGCUCCCCAGCCCUGCUCAGCCCUGCAGCUCCCCAGCCCUGCUCAGCCCUGCAGCUCCCCAGCCCUGCUCAGCCCUGCAGCUCCCCAGCCCUGCUCCGCCCUGCAGCUCCCCAGCCCUGCAGCUCCCAGCCCUGCUCAGCCCUGCAGCUCCCCAACCCUGCUGCUCCCCAGCCCUGCUGCUCCCCAGCCCUGCUCAGUCCUGCAGCUCCCCAGCCCUGCUCAGCCCUGCAGCUCCCCAGUCCUGCUCAGCCCUGCAGAGGGAAUAGGGUGA